AUGACGAGAAAGAUUGUUCCCACAGUCUCUACCACCUCAUCCACCGACUCUGUAAAUCAAGAAUUGCUUCAAACACCCAACAAUUCUGGAAAUAUUUUGGAUAAGAAACCUGUUGCUCUUGAAGGAUGGUUUUCAUUGAGAGUGGUCAUUAUUUUAAUGAUCAUUGCUUUACUGGUGACAUGUUCAGUGUUGAUUUGGUUAGCUUCAUUUAUUGGUUCCAAUCAAACAUUUACAGAGCUGUCAAAUUCCUUAAUUUCUCAAGUUGGAAAUAAGAUUAUUGUGUACUUGAAAGGAGAAAUUUCACCCAUUUCAGGAUUGGCUAAAACGAUUGCAGAAGAUUUCAACAGUGGUGUUAUUGGAAGAAGAGCUCUGAAUUAUUUGUGGACGAAGAAUGAAAUUUAUCGCUUCUCAGGAUUUGGUGUCUAUUUUCCAAAUGAAUUCUAUUCAUACACGAAUUUGACAUAUUUUAAAAAUGGCGUUUCAAACCAACAAUUCAUCAUGUAUUAUAAACCAGAAGGUAUGAUUGGAGUAGAGGUGUGGUAUGCUAAUGAGACUGAUGGAUCCAAGGUCUCUAUUUUUAGUAAUCAGACGACACCAUUCAUUGUGUCACAAAGAGACUACUAUGUCACAAGUAUGAAAUAUUUUGAUUUGUAUCAAAGAGAUGGAGUGUAUGGGGAUACUUAUAUUGUUACCAAUAGCACCUCAGUGAUGUAUUAUUCUGCCAAGUUAUUUGAUCCUGUUUUAUACGCUGCCAAUAAGACUAAAAGCGUGGUUGGUAUUUCCAAAGUCAAUAUUUCUUUACUCUCAAUUGAACGGUUCCUUUCGUCAUUGAAGCUUCUUGGAAAUGGUUAUGUCCUGGUCUCAGAAUCCUCUGGCAUGGUUAUUGGAGGUUCUAUUAACACAACCGCUCUGAACAAGAUAUCUCGUGUCUCCUUGUUUGAGUUGACAGAUAGAAAUGCAGGAAUUCUUAUGAAAGAUAUUGCAAACAAAUACGGAGCACUAUCUAAUACCCCAGACAGUUUUCAAAUCAAUAGUAUGGGUGUCGAUUAUUUAAUUUAUCGCAUGAACUUUGAGCUUGAAAAUUUGAGUUGGAAUGUUUAUAUGGUGAUUUAUAUGGAGGACGUCACUAAAACUUCUACGAUCAAUACUGGUAUAUCAAUAGCUAUUGCUACUGUUGUCAUUUUCAUAGGUCUACUAAUGAGUAUUGUUAUUGGCUACUUAAUUACUCAUCCAUUAAGGUAUUUGAAAAACCAGUUUAUGAAAAUUAAGAAAUUCGAUCUCGACAAAAUGAGCUUCACGUCGUCAAGAUUUAAAGAGAUUGACUCGAUUUAUGAAGAUCUUCAUGACAUGGUUGCGUGGCUUAAUGAAUUCAAAAGCUUCUUACCAGAGGCAAUAUUUAAUCAGUUGAGAAACAUGGAGGAAGAGGAGCAAAAUAUCAUUGACCCUCGCAAAUCAAAUACCUUGCAUGAAUCGAAUUCUAAAAUAGCAGUCCAUAAUGAGCAGCACACUAUGGUAGGAUUAAGUAGUCACGGAUUUUCAUUCUCAUCUCGUAAUGGCAGCAGUCUUAUUAAUAAGAAAUUAGAUCCUCAUGGUAAUUUAUUCAAAUUAGGAUUGAUCGAAAAGGAAGUGAGUGUUGUGACGAUCCGAAUUGUGGACAUGUUUAAAAGCGUGACAGUCUCGGAAAUCUCUCAUGUUUUUGCAAAAUUGCCAAUGGAUUAA